GCCCCGCCCCCUGCCCGGCAGCGAGGCGGAGGCGGCGGGGAAGGCCGCAAAGAAGGCCGCGGGAUAGUUCGCGUCGCUCCCUUCUCUCGAUCUCCCGCCCGCCCGCGGCUUCCCCCUCCGUCGUCGUGUGUCGUCAGCCCCCUGUGCUCGUCGCCCGGCUUCCGUCCCCCAACACGCCCCAGGCGUGAAGGUUUGGGCUGAGCCAUGAGCGACAAAUACACGCGCGCCGUGCUUCGGGUCGUGGUGGCUCAGGUUUGUCAGGGCCUGGGCUGGGACGCCGUUCAGGUCUGCGCUUCGGAGGUGCUCACCGACGUCCUGCAGCGGUACCUGGAGCAGCUGGCGCGAUGCUGCCACCGCUACAGCGAGCUCUACGGGCGCACGGACCCAGAUCUCGAGGACGUGGGGCAGGCGUUCGGCCUCAUGGGAGUGAGCCUGCACGAGCUGGAGGACUUUGUGCACAACCUGGAGCCCGUGGCGUUCGCACACACGCUGCCUGCCUUCCCGGCCGUCAAGGCCAACACGCUCGGCUUUCCGACGGCGGCGGCGGUGGCGGCCGCAAGCGCCCGUGACGCCGCCUCGCGCCGCGACUACAUCCCCGACCACCUGCCGCCGCUCGUGUCCGCGCAGGAAGAGGAGGAGGAAGCGGUCCAGUGCGAAGGCGGCACGUCGGCCGAAGCCAUGCAGGUCUCCCUGGACGAGGAGGACGAGGAGGAGGAUGAGGAGGAGGACGAGGAGGUGGAGGAGGGCGAGAUCCGGGAUGGACUGGAGCCUGGCGAAAUCGUGUCGGACGACGGCAAGCGUCAGUUCAUCCUGGACGCCGACAGCAGCGGUCCCGACUCUCCCGUGUCGUCCCGCCACUCGAGCCACCCCAGCAAGCGGGCCCGCCUCUCGGAGCCUGCCCCGGCCUUCCUGCAUGGCAGCGGCGGUGGCGGAACACCUCGUCGGCCACUGGGCCCGCUCAGUGCCCAGCAGCUGCAGCAGCACCAGCAGCAGCACCAGCAGCUGAGGGCGCCGCCCGUGCUGUCGCCGGUGCCCGUGUCGGACCCCUCCGAGUCCCCGCCCCUCUCUCCGGAACCGCCGGAGCUAGCGCCGGUGGCCCGGUCCGCGCCCACACAGGAGCGCAAGCAGCAGCAGCAGCAGGCGGCGGCCGUGGCAGCGGCGGCGGCGCCGUCUCAUGGCAAGCACAAAGCGCCGCACAAGGCCGCGAAGGCGGCGGCAAAGGCCGCCCCUGCGGCGGCGGCACCGGUGACCGCGCCGUCCUCUCGGCCCACACGCUCGCACAGCCAGAGGUCGCCGGCACGAGACAAGAAGUCUCCCGCUCGCACCAAGAGCCCCAAGUCUCAGGGCAAGAGCAAGGCUGCCUCCAAUGCUGCUGCUGCCGCCGCCGCCGCUCCUUUGCCAGCCGCCGCAAGCGGCAAACCGGAAAGCCCGGCACGGGCCCCGUUGGCGCUGUACAACGCGGCCGUAGAGCGGACCUUGCGCGAGACGCCGCCCAAGGCGUCCGCUGCUGCCACUUCCACACCGGGCGCCGGCGACAAGAAGGGCGGGCACGAGGGCACGCCCAGCAGGAAGCAGCAGCAGCAGCAGCAACACCAGCAGCAGGACGAUAAGGCCAUCACGGACUCGAUCGACGCCGUCAUCGCGCAGGUCUGCGCCAAGCGCGAGUCGGACCCCUUCGCCUUCUCGUCCGACUCGGAGGGCGAGGUUUUCACGAGCCCCAAGCACCACUCGGCAUCCGACUCGAGCACCAUCAAGUCCCCGACUCUGGGCACCGGUAGCGGCAGCAGUGGGGCGAGCGCUGGCCAGGCCACCGGUCCGACCGCGAGCCCGGCCAAGGCCACGGACGCGGCGGCGACGAACUCUGGCGGCGAGCGCGAGCGGGCGGCGAGUACCAACGCCGCGUCGUGGACGCUGGACGACUCGAUCAAUGAGGUGGUGAGGAGGGCGGGGCUGGACGGGGUGGCGGCCUCCCCCGCCGCGACGUCGACGGCGCCCAAGUCGGGCCAGACGGCCGCGGCGCGGGUACUGUCGGUGUCUCCGGCGCGAUCGUCGUCAUCCGACGGUACCUCCCCGUGCUCCCCACGCACGGACGCCCCCUGCUUUCCGUCGGCGCCACCGCCAGCAGCGCCCGAACCCAGGCCGAGCGCGGCGGCGAAAUCGGCGGCGCCGCCACCGCCCACGCUUCCGCCGGCGCCGCCGCUGCAGGCCCAGCCGUCGACGGUGGACGUGAAGAAGCGUCUGAAGAAGGAGCUGCGCCUGAAGCAGAAGAAGAAGGAGAAGGAGCGCGCGAAGGAGCGGCUCAAGGAGCAGCGCGAGAAGGAGCGCGAGCGCCAGCGCGAGAAGGACAAGCGGCGCGACGGCUCCAAAGACCGCCGCGGCCGCAGGGACUCGGACAGGGCGGCCAACAAGGCCAAGGAGCGCGACCGCUCCGAGUCGAAGGACAAGGGCAAGGACCCGUCUCUCAAGAAGGACAAGGACAAGCACCGGGACAAGAAGAAGGACCACGAGAAGACGAGGGGUGACAAGCACGGCAGGGACAAGGGCGGCGGCGGCGGCAAGUCGGCGGCGCUGGCGGCCGGCGGCGCUUCGACGGCGUUCUCCGGCGGCCUCGCGUUCGCGCCGUUGGGGCGAGUCCCGCCAGGCCGGCACGGCGACAGCGGCGGCCCCAACCGUGACAAAGAUCGUCACCGUGACAAGGACAAGAAGAAAGACAAGAAGAAGAAAAAGCGGGAGAAGGAUCGGGAGAAGGAAGAGAAGCACAAAAUGGACAAGCUGAAGCAGGAUCAGCCCAGCGGAGCUUCCUCCCCUGCUAUCCCCAAGCUCACGCUGCGCAUGGGUGGACAGAUGCCGCUGGUGAUCCACCAGACGAGCGUGGACAAGAAGCCGUCCCCUCCGGUACCACGCCCCAAGUCGCCCCCGCUGCUGAGCGGCGGAGGCGGUGGCGGCGGCACAGCCUCCUCGCCGUCGCUCUCCCCGCCCGACUCGCCGCUCCCCCCGCAGCCGCUGCCCGAGCCCCACUCGCACCACCAGCACCGACCGGGGCCCGCGGCCUCCCUAUUGGCGGCGGGCCCCGGCCGUCCCGAUGGACCGCUAGCCGCGCUCGAAAUGACCGCGGGGAAGGCCGGGAGCGGCCCCGGAGCAGCGGGAGGAUUGACGGCGGCUGCGGCGGCUGCGGCGGCUGCGGCGGCUGCGGCGGCUGCGGCGGCGGCGCUACAGCGCACCGUCACCACAGAAACCAUCAGCACGUUUUUGGAUGCCCAAGGCAACAAGGUGUGGAUCUGCCCCGGCUGCAAUAAGAUGGACGACGGAAGCCCCAUGAUCGGCUGCGACAUGUGCGACGACUGGUUCCACUGGCCAUGUGUGGGCAUCUCCAAAGCCCCCCCGGACGCCGUCAAAUGGUUCUGCCCGCGCUGCCGCCUCGCCAACAGCGCCGCACCCAUCGCCGGCAAGCGCCGGGACAAGAAGGCGGCGGCAGCGGCGGCGGCGGUGGUGGCGGCGGCGGCAGCGGCGGCGGCGGCAGUGGUGGUGCCUCCGCCCCCCGUAGUGCUUCCGCCUCCGCCGCCUCCUCCCCCUCCUCCUCCUCCCCCUCCGCCGCCAGUCGUCGUCACCCCUCCCACCAGCGCGGGCGGCAAGCGCAAGGGCAAGAUGGGGCGAGGAGGAGGCCCGCCGCCUAAGAAGGGCUCGGGGAAGCUGGUGUCGGAGGCCCUGCCGGUGCCCGCCGCCGCCCUUGCACCGCUGCCGCCACCUACCCCGCCGCCCGUCCCGGCACCGCCGCCGCCGCAGGUCGUUCCCAUGGAAGACGACUACGAGGAGGGCAAGAUCUGGAUCUGCCCGAGCUGCAAGGGCGUGAUCAAGCAGACGUCGGAGGCGCCCACCAUCGGCUGCGAGACGUGCGACGAGUGGUACCACUGGACCUGCGUGGGCAUCAUCACCCCCCCGCCGGAGGAGGAGCCGUGGUACUGCCCGGUCUGCACCACCUCCAGCACCGCCACCGCCAGCGGCGGCGGCGGCGGCAGCAAGGGCAGGGACAAGCGGCAAAAGGGGCGGAAGGGCAAGGGUGGACAUUAGCGCGAGGGUGCUGGGCUCGCGGCCUCGCACGCACAUCUCCAAUGGCGUGGGGCACCCCUCGCCCGUGGAGCCGGCGCCGCUCCCAUCGAUGCGGCCAACCAAUGAUGCGCCACCGUAAACAACAACAACAACAACAAAACUGCGGACGUUGUCCACCGAGCAACGGCGCCGGACACCCGUGUGGCCAAACGCUCGGGCGGUUGGGCGGCUGACUCCCCCACUGCCCCCUCCUCCCCCUCCUGCCACUGUGGGUCUCGACGCAGGACUGCGGGUGGACGCUGUGACGCGGUGGAGGGUGAACGCAACGGUGCGGCCGGCGCAAUCGCUGGCUUUCUCGCCCGCCCGCCCGCCCACCCUCCCCAGCACGACGCCACGAACUUUCGAGUCGGCCGUUUUUACCGAACGUCGAGAUGAUAUCGUCGCGAACUUUUAAGCGCCACGUCGGCAGAUCUAAAAGUCGGUCUCCUCCGCUUAAACGAACAUGCGUCGCUAGUCUCACAUUGGCAGCCUUACGAAGCCAGUGGUGGAAAGUCCACAUUCUUAUGGUGGGAGCCAGUCCGUUACACUCGAUAGAACAACCACUGCUGACUUCCGACAAAGUGGUUUCUUAAUUUUAUUAACCCCCCCCCCCCCCCCACCAUGUGCCGCAAACCUUAAAUAUGAGUGGAGUCAAUCCUCAACCGGGAUCGGAACUCUUAAAACUUUAUGGUCGUGGGCGCAAACGCUUGAACCCAUCGCGGCACCACCCACGAGGCCAUGUAUAUAUGUAAAAUACGUAUGUGCGUGUGUGUGCACGCACACUUGCGUGCGUGCGUGUGUGAGAGUAUUUUUUAACUAAACGUAUCCGUGUUUGGUCGUGCACGUACAGUGACGCGUCGGCGAACGCCUGAUGAUAAAUAAAAACGUAGACGAAGUUAGAUUUUCUUUUCCUACCCCCCCCUCCUCCUCCCUCUAUUAAAAACGUCGUAGUCGUUGGCCAAGCCAGUGUUGAGUCCACGGGCUGUCCGCUCGGUGGCCGUGUCUCUUGUGUACGUCCAUGUCCAGGGGGAAACGAAGCCUCCGCAACACUCGCUCGCGUUUUCAUCGUCGUGUCUUUGUCAUGAUAUAUUUUUUUAUUUUUAAACGGGCCUGGCUGUCGAGUUUUAUUUCUUCGUUUUUUUUAUUUGUGUAUUUCUACGUCAUAAACUUACAUGAGUUUGCAACAGGUCCUGAAGUUUUGCUGAAACCGCACGGUGCGUUGUGUAAGAUAAGUGAGUACACGGCAAACGGGUUGCGGUGAGGUGAACCCACCCGUCUGGAUCUCUUCCGAGUGUUAUCCCCCUUCCUAUGCCCUGGUGGGUUUUCUCUGGGCGUUCAGGCGUCCUCGCCCGCACGAAAUCAAAUUUCUAUUUAAGAGAGGACAAUUGGUCCAAACAUCCCAACGUAGCAGGGAGCCCCCUCUUGAAAGAGCAGUGAGACUCGACGAGGCUUUGCUUGAAGGCAAUUUCUGUUGAGUUUAUUUUUUCUCUCUCCCACUCACGAGGGACGGGCGGCUCUCUUGAGCUUGCCUCGAGUUUAAAGCUCUCCCACGAGCAGUGGUGUGAGCCAGCAAUUGCAGGGCUGCACCUCUACCUUUCACCGCAGAUACCUUCUCAGUAUUUGGUAAACCCACCGCCAUGUUCCGCCAGCAUUUUAACCCCCGAAUCAAGACAACAAUAUUCCCGAAAGACUGGUUUCGUUUGGAAUUGUCAUACCUUCUUGAAUGCACUGCCUCUUGGAACUGAGAGAAUAUAUAUUUCAAAAACGCAUACUCCUUUUUUUUAUACACAAGUUUAUAUGUAGAUGUUUUUAUUUUUUAAGAUUCUGUUUGCGUGUCGUUAUGUACCACCACUGCCUCCCCCCCCUACCCCACCACCAAAUGAUUUCAGUAGUUCCGCUUGGGGGCUAUGCCCCAUUUAGAAACGAAAACAAAAGUAUUAGAAACUGUUGUGGCUUCUUGGUGCUGUACUCGACGACGGAGCGGGAGGCGUGGAGAUAAAUUAUCUGCCGAGGACAUCACGGAGAGUCGGUUGUAGGCAAGAGGCCUACGUGGGGUACAAGCCCUUUGCGCCCUGGGGCUCUCCACGCGUGGUGGAUCAAUGCAUCUGCUGGCAGCUGCAGCAGCAACAGCAGUAGCAGCAGCAGCAGCAGGGACCUCCAGAGGAGGGUGCCAGUCUGCACCCUAACCUGGUCAUGGCUGAUGAGGCCACGUUUGUCAGCACCAGGAUAACCAAAGGCCUCUCGCCCCACCCUACUCGGUGUGAGCUGUGCAAUUGAGUCACCGUGGACGAACGUCACUGAUGAACGUGGCCUCAAAGUUCAGGAGUGGAUUAAUUGGGUUAAAGAACAACAUCGCCCCCCCCCCCCCCAAUUACUGGCGGGCUCUACCCCUCUGUGACACAUCGCACCGACGUUACAGCCUCGUGCUAUUGAGAUUGGCUCCAAGAGCAAAUGUGCUAUGCUGUUUUAAUUACGAGUUUAUAUUCGCAGUGACAGCUUGCGUAGCACAACGCGAAUGUCGUCUUGUUUGAUGCAAACGACAAAUGAUUGUUACUGGAAUUGUCACAGGCCCAUAACGCGUCAUCCUAUAAAUAUAUAGUAUAUAUAUAAAACCGGCUGCCGCUCUCAAAACCAAAAAAACACCACGAGGAAUCGAGUCGGAAGCAUUGCUCGGCGAAUGUGGGAGCCUUUCGUGUGGAAGAUUAUUUGGUGAUCCUGUCGCUGCUGCGUUGGCAGUGGUGCACAAAUAACAACUCAACGCGAUCAUCAAACCCACUGCCUUACGAAAGGAAUGCUAUAUUAGGUGACGUUUCGGGCAAUGGCCCUUCUCCCAAGCACUUGAAGACUUGUGCCGCGAAGAAAGGGCAAUUGCCCCAAACGUUGCCUAUCAUAUAUUUUCCUUCCGUGUGGAGGGGGUGAUUGGCAAGGGUGGUUCUUCAUCGGGGUUGGUGGUGGGCCAGUUGAGGACUCACGGGAGCGAUGUUGCGAAUGUCGCCAGCAAAUUGGUCGGGCGUCUUUGCGCGAUGCGUGUCCCGUGGUUUUGGCUGCGGUAGUCACAGUCGCGAUGCGGGAGGAGGAGGAGGGGUUGGGGUGCGAUUAGUAGGAUCUUGGCCGUGUCUUCAUAGAUUCGCUUUCUCGCACAGUCAGGAGGUUGGACUGGGUUUUGAGUUGGUUCUGGUACGAUUCCUAACCCUCGACCAUCGGGCCCCGUGCUUCCCGCUCUGCGGGUGAAGAAGGCAACUUGGCCAUAAUCCGAAGCUUGGUUCCAUCAGGUAGGCGAAGCGUUCAUGGUCCCGACUUAUUCCUGUGGCCAAAUAGGUUGUGAACGAUGCGAUUAAUUUGCGCGUUUGAGAACGUGUUUUUGCACGAUUUGCUUACGUUGGCCACGCGGAGAAGUCUGCGGCUGAUGAAUGUUGCCGCUUACUGAUGAAUGUUGCCGCUUACUGGCCUCUUCUUGGCUGCAUCUCGCCCAGCGCCCACGGGCUGCCACCUCGUGCGAGUCAACGGAUACGUCUUGCUCGCUGUCAGUCGGUGGUGGCUGCUCGUCGAAAAUACGCUCUCAAGGCUUCCUAGGAUCUUCCAGUCUCUGGCGGCACUUGCGGGUGAAUUGAUUGGAAUGCUCAAGUAAAAUACGAUGCUGGUGAUGAUGAUGCCGCCAGUGCUGGGCUCCCACCAGACCAGAGCUCACGGGGAUGUGAGUGGACUUCUUGGUAGCCCUUGCAGAAGGUGCUUUGGUCUUAAUGGGCUCUCAUCAUCACGAUCUUACCCACUGCUUUAUGAAUCCCUACCGAUCGUCUUCUCUCCCAGUCUCGCAAUGCCACAAUCCAUCGGGCUCCUGGCGAGGCUGGGCUGCAGUCGUUCUCACAAACGCGCUACAAAUCCAGAGAGAGCUGGGUUUGAUUCCCAGCCACGGUUCGCGUUGAGUGGCGAGCAACUGCUGAACCCGUCCUGGGGCCUUCCCCUAAGUAGACCCAGCCGACCUACCGUUGUUCGCCGUGCCGGCCUUAAUGGGUGCUCGCUAACAGCACUUUGCCUCGGCAGUUUAGGCUCUCUACGGGGAUCUUCUGUAUGUGUCAAUGUAGUAUGUGGUGUAAGUGUGUGUGUGUACGGUAUGUGUAUGCAUAUGCCCGUCUGUUGGAGCAAAUCGCUGUUGGUGAAGCCGCUGCCAAUCGCAUUCCAGUUUCUCAAUGAAUUCACCUGCAAUGUGGUGGUGGUGGUGCUGGUAGUGGCGGCACCUGAGACGAGAACAACCCGGGGUGGGACUCGCAGCCUGCGAGUCGCCGCUGCUUCUCCACUUUUAACGUCGAAGAUGUUGCCUGGGCUGCGUUCGGUUACCGAUGCCACCCCAAAGCGCAAACGGGGGGUGCAUCUUGUAGUUUGCACAACUCGGCUACUUGUCCCGACUGUCUGACAUAAGUUUGUAAUUCUCGAUUGGUCGUGAGCGCCGUGUUGACUUGGAGGUCGCUCCUAAAUCGUUAUCAUGAAGUCUCUCAUUUGAUUACUGUUCAUAUUUGUGCCGGACAGCCCGAGACGGCGCUGCCUUGUGGUAGCGACAGGGUUUAAGAGCUCAAAGCUGCAUUAACUUGGGCCUAACAUCUUUCUGAUUGGCCCAAGUGGGGGUAUAUACAUUGAGGUUGGCGUAAGAAAUUGAGGCUGGCGAAACGGGAACGCUCCAGACGGCAAGGUCGUUCAGGACCUCGGUUGGAUUCUGAGAUGUUGGCCAUGGCUUUCUGUCGCUUUCUGACGUUUCGGAGGUAUAUCUCCCGUGCCGCUCGUGGCUUGGAACCAACCGUAUUCAACAAAGAUAACAUCGGCCUGGUGUUUCGGGGAUGUGUCGUUCAAGAUUUCGAAGGCAUGUGGCAGCGAUGGAAGUUGGCAUUCGGGCCAGGGUUUCCCCCCCCCCCACCACAUCUCGUCGCACAGUAAACUGGCUCUUGAAAUUCCCCCCGCAGCUGCUUCAUUCCACACCCGAGUCGUCGCGACGCAGUGAAAUCAAACUGCGUUAUAAUUCGCCCAUCGUAACGCCAGUUUCUCAAACGUGCGCGCCACGUGAUGAAUGAAAUCGGCUUGUGCAACGACGCUCCCCCGAGCAGAUGGCCGCCGUUUGUGAAGUGGAGUCUGGCCUCGACUGCGAACAGCAGCAACCGCUUGCAGAGAUGGUCCGCGCACAAGCGAUUCGGUGUGCGAGCGAUCAAGUUGCACGCGACCGGUUCGCAAGAGAAUGGUGCGCACACACAAACACCCACCAGCGAUGCGAUCGCGUCGCAGCUGAUUGCUCAAGCCGUGGAUUAUUAUGAUGAUGUCACCCUCCACCCUCCUCGUUUCGUCUCCCCCGCACGCGGGCAUGCGACUCGUGAACGUGUAUUUUAUUGUGAGAUUAUAAUAACAGAAUAAGAAGACAAAAAAAUAAAUACUAAAUACUACUA